AGAGUUUCUUACAAAAUAGUCCUCUCCAGCAUGCACUUUUGGAUACUCUUUCAACUCAGAAGUCAACAUAAACAAAGGGUAUGGAUGAUGAGGCCACUUACAAAUUCAAAGAAAGGCCAAACUGGCACAGUGAGUCAUUGGAUGUUGCUGGCACAGCUAUAAAGGUCCGGUGGCCCAAGUUAGGAACCUGAAUUCAAGCAGUGGGACAAAUGAGUGUUUGACAUGCAGCUCGUCAUCUUAAGAGUUACUAUCUUCUUGCCCUGGUGUUUCGCCCUUCCAGUGCCCCCUGCUACAGUCCAUAAAGGAUGGGACUUUGUUAAGGACUAUUUCCAUCAAUUUUUCCUGACCAAGAAGGAGUCACCACUCCUUACCCAGGAGACACAAAUACAGCUCCUGCAACAAUUCCAUCGGAAUGGGACAGGCCGACUUGAUAUGCAAAUGCAUGCCCUGCUGCACCAGCCCCGCUGUGGGGUGCCCGAUGGGUCCAACACCUCCAUCUCACCAGGAAGAUGCAAGUGGAAUAAGUACACUCUAACUUACAGGAUUAUCAAUUACCCACAUGAUAUGAAGCCAUCCACAGUGAAAGACAGUAUAUAUAAUGCAGUUUCCAUCUGGAGCAAUGUGACCCCUUUGAUAUUCCAGCAAGUGCAGAAUGAAGAUGCAGACAUCAAGAUUUCUUUCUGGCAGUGGGCCCAUGAAGAUGGCUGGCCCUUUGAUGGGCCAGGUGGUAUCUUAGGUCAUGCCUUUUUACCAAAUUCUGGAAAUCCUGGAGUUGUCCAUUUUGACAAGAAUGAACAUUGGUCAACUUCAAACACUGGAUAUAAUCUGUUCCUGGUUGCAACUCAUGAGAUUGGGCAUUCUUUGGGCCUGCAGCACUCUGGGAAUCAGAGCUCCAUAAUGUACCCCACUUACUGGUAUCACGACCCUGGAACCUUCCAGCUCAGUGCCGAUGAUAUCCAAAGGAUCCAGCAUUUGUAUGGAGAAAAAUGUUCAUCUGACAUGCCUUAAUGCUGGCACAGAGGACUUAUUCAACCUGUCCUUUCAGGGAAUUUAUUUGAGGACCAAAAACUCAAAGCACUACAGCAGCCUUGGCAACUGCUAGGAUGAAGCCCUAAAGAAUGCAACCCAGUCAGGUUAGCUGAACCAACACUCAAAACACUACUGAGUCACAAUAAAGAUUGUUUUAAAGA